UGAAAUAUCAGAAAGGGGUCCGUGACUGAACACAAAGUGAACAGUCAAAACUUCUGAAGGAGUGAAUCCAGGUUACCUGUCUGAAAACAGCGUGCAAAAUGGAUGCGGGUAUUGCAAAAAUGAAUGGGGUGAAUGGAUCCCACACUCAGAGAUCGAUGUACAUUGAAGAGAACACACAAAAGGCUGGAGCAAUUUCCUUGAUCUUUUCUUUGAAAGAGCAGGUUGGAGCAUUGGCCAAAGUUCUGCGUUUGUUUGAGGAAAAAAAAGUAAACUUGACUCAUAUUGAAUCUCGACCAUCUCGCCUUAACAAAGAUGAAUAUGAGUUCUUUAUUAAUAUGGACAGCAACUGUGACAAUGCUUUGGAUGAAGUUAUUGAAUUACUGAAAAAACAAACUGUUGGGCAUCUGCAUGAGCUUUCUCGUGACAAGAGCAAAAGGGACACAGUCCCAUGGUUUCCACGGAAUAUUAAAGAUCUGGAUAGAUUCGCAAAUCAGAUUCUGAGUUAUGGAGCUGAACUGAAUUCAGACCACCCUGGAUUUAUAGAUCCUGUAUAUCGAGCACGACGGAAACAGUUCGCUGACCUUGCCUACAAUUAUAAACAUGGCCAACCAAUUCCUAGAGUUGAAUACACUGAAGAAGAAAAAAAGACCUGGGGAAUUGUAUUUAAAGAGCUCAAGACCCUUUAUCCAACUCAUGCAUGUCGUGAAUAUAAUCGAAUUUUCCCACUUCUUGAAGAAUACUGUGGUUAUCGUGAAGACAACAUUCCACAACUGGAGGAGGUCUCCAAGUUUCUGCAAUCUUGUACUGGUUUUUGUCUGAGACCUGUAGCUGGUCUGCUGUCUUCUCGGGAUUUCUUGGCCGGUCUAGCCUUCAGAGUAUUCCAUUCUACCCAGUACAUACGGCAUUCAUCAAAGCCAAUGUACACACCUGAACCUGAUAUCUGCCAUGAACUCAUAGGGCAUGUGCCCCUAUUUGCAGAUCCCAGCUUUGCUCAGUUUUCACAGGAAAUAGGACUAGCCUCUCUCGGUGCUCCAGAUGAAUAUAUUGAAAAACUAGCCACGGUAUAUUGGUUCACAGUAGAAUUUGGACUAUGCAAACAGGGAGAUGAGAUCAGAGCAUACGGAGCUGGAUUGCUGUCCUCAUUUGGAGAAUUGCAGUACUGUUUAACAGAUAAGCCUGAGCUGCGACCUUUUGACCCUCAGAAGACUUCCAUCCAGAAAUACCCUAUCACCGAAUUUCAGCCUGUUUAUUAUGUUGCUGAAAGCUUUGAAGAUGCAAAGCAGAAAGUGAGGAAUUUUGCAUCAACAAUUCCAAUGCCAUUCUCUGUUCGAUAUAACUCAUAUACACAAAGUAUUGAAGUCCUGGACAAUGCGCAGCAGCUGAAGAAUCUAGCUGACAAUAUUUCUGGUGAAAUGGAAACCCUAAGAAGUGCUCUUAAGAAGCUGGAAUGAAUUUUCAAAAAUGCGUUUUGUCUGCAAUUACCAUAUAGUUAUAUGCAAAAUAUUCAUGUAUUGGUCUAAAUAAUAGGCUGCAUAUAUUUAGAUAUAAUAUUUUAUUUGCAUUAUAUAGCUUGCAAAAUAUUGCAUUGCAAAAUGAUUGUGUUUAGAAUUUUGACAGUUUAUAAGCUUUCAUACCGAUUUUAAUUUUUAUGAAAGUUACACUACUUGCCAGAAAAUACAGCAGUAAGUUUUUGUUCAUAGUCAGGAUGUUGGACUGUAGUUUGCAUGGAAACAGUGAAGGUAUUGUGCAUCAUUAGUGUUUAGAAUGGACCAGCUUCCAAUGGCCGAUCAUUCAUUCAGUCAUUUUUUAGUUCAUUAUCUUUGCUUAUAUGUUUUAGAACCUAAUUCAAGCAUGAAAUAACAUAUUUACUCACAACUGUGAAUGUGCUCAACUGUUUAGGAAAUAUAUAGUGUAGGUCCACUCCAUAUUAAACAGAUACAAUAAAGUAAUAUUCUUUUCUCUGUGACUUUAUUGGCCUUUGCCACAGCAUCAGUGACUGGUUCUUCUUUUAACAAUAACAUGAUUGAUGUUAUUUUUUUUUUGUCUUCAGGAUUUAUAUAUGCUGUAGCCAAGGUGGGAUUGUAUUUGUUUUUGCUUUUUCCAUUGACAGAGGCCCACCUCUCCCAAUCUGACUUUUAGGGAAGCCCAGAUACUGAUGCUGGUUCGCAAACACUUUUGUACAAAUUGAAUAAUAAAGGAGAUGACUUUCUAAUUAAACUUGGUUAAUAUCUGAUAUCCUUUACAUUGUACUUCUUGCUUUUCAGAUUCUCAUACUAUGUUAUCACAUCAGCCUUUGUGUAUGGUUCCAUGCAUAUAUCACAGAAACUGUUAGCACCCCUCAUUUCAUGCAAACCCUAAAAUUACCCCAUUUUUGGCAACAUCAUUGCAUCAGUAUAGUAAAUACUAUACUCUGGAAUUGAGAUGAGUUGUGCUUCAAAAACUUCCAUGCCAUGUCAACUAAAACAAAAUUUAAGGAAAACCUCAUCCACAGACUGAAAAAAACAUGUUUAUUUUUAUCAAGUCUUGAUGUUUCCUACAUUUUAACACUACUUUUUGGACUUUAUAUACUUUUUUUAUAUUUUAAAUGUAAUUCUAGAGUCUGCCCACAUGGAGAUCUGCCAUCUUGAUUGUUUUCAAGUUUACCUCCAGGUAUCCCACAAU